AUGCACUUGGAGGUUUUGGUCUUGUUUCUCACAUUGGUAGCCCUGACUCCUGGGGAGUUGGGGGUCGUUUUGGGUGUUCAGAAAGCUCAAGCGACAGCCUGCUCCAAGCCUAGGAGGAUCAUGGCGGAUGUACGGGCUGCGGAUGACCUCUAUAGGAAGACCUUGCGCUUCUUGGUCUCUGUGGCUGCGGAACUGGUCUAUCCCAACUACCAACUGCGUGGAGGACAUACCUUGGGUGAUGGCUUUCUCUAUCAGCUGGAGGGUGGUGAAGACUCGGAGGCUGAGGUGGAGGCGAUUCGCAAGAAGCUUACGGAGCUGGUGGACUCGGGCGAAACCAUUUGCCGUGUCACCAAGCCCUGGAAGAAGGCCAUGAGCUACUUCACCGAGAGGCGUCUAGAUGCCGCUUGUGCUUUGCUUACCAGUCGUGUGAAGACCGAGGUGCAGUGUUAUGAGUGCCAGAAUGUUCUCCGAUUGAACCUUUUCCCCUUGCACGAGAAGGCCUCUGCGUUGAAGGCUGGGACCUUCGCUUUGGUUCGUCGACCUGAGAUGCCUGGAUUCGUGGCUGCCUACACCGGCGAAUACAAGCUACAGUCUGCUUUGCUGAUUUCGCAUACAGAUCACAAAGCCUUUUGCAAGGGCUAUAAGGUGCGCUCCAUUGGCGACCUCAAUCAGCUGUCGCAAGUGGGUCGAGGUCGGAAAGACUUCGUUUUGGCCUGUGAGUUUCGGCAGGAGACCAAGAUCGCGGAGAUCGUCGCCAAGGUGAAAGAGAGGAUGGCGGCCGGUCGGCAAGUGAAGGUGAUUUGCAUCGCUGGGCCCACCUCAUCUGGAAAGACCACCUUCGCUACCAAGCUUUGCAUGUACCUGCAGAACAAUGGCUUUGCUGCCAAGCCACUGACGGUCGACCACUACUAUCUUCCCUUGGAUCGACAACCCAAGUACCAGGCGCGGAAGCAACGCAGCGACGUGGAUUACGACCAUAUUGAGUCAAUGGACGUCCAGCUCAUUUGCGAGCACCUCAAUGCUCUGAUUGUGGGAGAGUCGGUGAUGACCCCCGUCUACAACAUGAAGACUGGAUAUCGAGAUGGGGACGGCCACAAGUUUGAUGCGCUGCCGGCCAACGGGAUUCUGGUCAUAGAGGGCAUCCAUGCCCUGAAUCCCAUGUACACAGAGGCGGUGGACGCGAACAAGGUCUUUCGGAUCUUCAUUUCGCCCUUGACAGCCCUGCAGUUGGACGAUAACAACUGCGUGAAGACCACGGAUCAUCGCCUGCUACGGCGUAUGUGCCGUGAUUAUCUCUUCCGGGGGAACUCAGCAGCGACAACUCUGCGCAUGUGGGACAACGUCAGAAAGGGAGAGGUCCAGGUUCGCAUCCCUCUUCACGCCUUGCGGCGUAUCUAUAUGAGCGCCGGGGCCGGCUUACUCAUUUUGAUUGAGGUCACCCGUGCUACCGCGCGUGCUCUGAGGGGCCUUGCCGAGUCCCUUGAGGCUGCUGCCAACCGGGCUGAGGGCAUCUCAGCUGGAUCCUUCACUGGGCCACUUGCUGCUCCCACUGAGCCUUCUGAGGCCUCUACUUGGGACGUCGUCCCUCCGCUGCCUGCCACUCCUGAGAGGAGAACUACAUCCUGGGCACAGGGGUCUCCGGGCUCCAACUCUUCUGCCUACGACGACGUGGCCAGGAGCAUUCCUGAUCUUCCGGAGGCUUGCAUUGAGCUUUGCAAUCGUCUCUCAGGUACUCCUUCUUCCGUGCCCGAGCUCUACGAGCCUGGAACGCUGGCUGUUGGGCAGGAGCAGUUUCGGAAGGCCGUAUCCGAAAGCCAAGACCUACACCACAUCUUGGACUUCAGAACCAUUUCUACAUCAUCCUGCGAGCCAGAGGACUUGAUCUUCCCACAGUUGACACUUUUUGAGGGCAUCAACUAUGACACUGCCUGUUCCGGGGACUCGGCCAGUUCCUGCCGCAGUGAAGCUCCUGAUGCCUCUCGCCGACCAAAGAUCUCUGGAGAGACUGCUGUUGGCGCUAUCAAACGGUUUGUGGGACCGCUUGCAGACCUAUUCUUUUUGGACAUGGGCAUCUUCGCUAUGCUCACAAGUUUUGAGGACGAGGACCCCCUUUGCGGCUUUUGUCAGAUCCACCUUGCAUGCUACAAGUUUAUGCGCUCACCCGCAACUUCCAUGGCUUUGUUCCCGCUUCCGAUUCCCAGGCUGAAGAUCUUCGAGUCCCGAGGAGGUGGACAGAGGGAGAGAAGAAGGAGGGCAAUGGAUCAGGCUUUCCACGUCUCAGUGAUGGCCUUGAACUACUGGCACUCCGAUGGGAAGUUCAUCCCCCUUGACUCGAUAGCCACGAUCCCAAAUGAUGCUCAGCGAAGGGCCUUGGACAACUUGCGGAGACUCUUCAAAGCCUUUGCUAGCUCUCCGCAACCUUUCAAUGUCCCAGCGAGUGGCCGAAGAACCACCUCCCUCAUCUUCUUCCUGACCGACCUCUCUGAGUUCGCUACAUGGGAGGGCGGCGGAGGAGAUGCUUAUACCAAAACUUUUCCAGGAGACCCGAACGGCUCGCAGGGAAAGAUCGGAGUCCCUCGAGAUGUUGAAAGGGCCGAGGAGCUUCGUCCAUAUCGAGCGCUUGAUCCUUCCAGGCUGAAAUUGUUUGGCCAGGCUUCUUGGGACAUUGAGCCCUACCUCUCCGACCACCUAUGGAUGGCCUUUGUCGAACCGGCUAGCCUGGUAUGGACUACUUCUUUGAACAAGGAGAAGUACAAGAGUGUUCUUGACCUUGGUCUUCUGGGGGACGUGAAUGGCCUCCUGCAGUUGAAACAAGUGUCGGAAGAGUGCCAGGUGAAAGAUCCUGCUAUGAGAUUCUUCAAUGCCUACAAGAACCAGGAAAUCGAUCGAAUGAUCGGGGACAGACGUUCCUGGAACUACAGAGAGGGUCGACUAGCAGGAGUCUCGUCAGGUCUUCCUACACCACAGUGCCUCUUCGACCUUGAGAUCGACCCCUACAAGCAACGCCUGUCGAUCUGCGCUGGCGACCGCAAGGACUUUUACCACCAGAUCCAUGUCACUCAGUCCCGGGCCUUCUCAAACUGUCUCUGGCCUCUGCUGGAUCUAGCCGACCUCAAGGGUACUAAAGCAUUUCAAACCUAUGCCCUGUCAUCGCAGAAGGCCAAGAGAUAUUUACGAGACCGUGAUGGUGAUCUGCUCAGCGAGGCAUUAUCUCGUUCCUCCGAGCUGCGUUCCGAUGACUACUUCUUUGGGGAGGACCUCGUGACUGGUCUGGUGAUCGAUGACUUCGACGCUGUAUCAAUUGAGGACGCAGGCCUUCAGCCUUACAAGCGAGACGACUAUCCAACCACUGGAACUGCCUCGAGGGCUGUCGAGAAGAUUUUGCAAGGAGGAAGGGCCUAUGAUGCUGCAGGGCUAUUGGGCUCUCCUCACAAGGACGUAUUGCAUUCAGACAAUGCCAGAAUCAUGGGAGCUGAAGUUGACUCCUCGUCUUCCACACGGGCAUUGCGGCUCACGACCGUUGCUGCACCGGCUAGGAAGCGACUGUCACUGGCCUACAUCUCCUUGGAGCUAUCUCAGUUGAGCUUCACGCCAGAUGCCCUCAUUGCUUGCCUGGUUGGAGGAUGGGUCAACGCUUUACUCUACCGGAGGAGGAAAUCCAGCUAUAGCUACAACCGGAUGCUGUCUCGGCACCAAGCGAUUCUGAGAAAGAUAGACUGGCCCUAUGAGGAGAAGGAAGAUGAGGCAGGAUGGGUCGUAGGCCCCGUCUUGGAUCUCAGCUUCUCGCCUCACUACGACUUGUCCUCCUUGGACGUUCUCCGAUGGAUCUACCACCUCAUCGAAGCGGGUCAGCUUGACUCCUUCAUGGUUGCUCCGCCACGCACAACGUUCUCUCCUGCGCAGCAUCCGCCUCCAGGAAUUGCACCUGCCCAAGAGGCUAUAGAGCCUACAGAGCCCAAGACGCUACUGAUGAACCUGGCGGCCGUCCUGAAUGUCCCUGGACUCUUGGAACAGCCUCGAAAGUCGAAAAUGAGAAAGCUACUUGAAUGGCUCUACCUCGUGCUCAAUGGACUGGCCUCCGAAACAUGGACGGCUUCUUGUGACCUUGAGCUGCCGUUUGGCCGCCCUGUCCUGGAGGUCACGCAAAAAGCAGAGGGACAAGCUGCUGACGUGCUAAUGACCACCACGCCUGAUGUUGAGAUGGUGAACACCUUGCUCGAGCAGUACGGCCGUGAGCUUUACGGGGCAGGACGCCCUUACAACCACUACUCCGAGACGGUGAACGCCGUCCAAAGCAAAAGACCUCGGCUGAGGAGAUGCUGCAACCAGCGUGGGACUUGGCCUACGCAUGGCUUCGUCAGGAGCCUCCAAGUCAUCAUUUGGCUCUUCCAUGGCAGGCUCUCCUGUCACUCCUCACAUCGGCAUGGAU